GCGAUGCCUCUUGGGUUGUGACUCCAGCGCAGAAACUUGGAGGAACGCUCGGCUAACCGUCCUACUUGGCAGCAAACCCUUCCUUGGCGGCGAAUGGCCAUGUGCAGCGGAACAAGGCUGGCCCUGCUGGUCUACGGGAUAAUGAUGCACAGCAGCGUGUACUGCUCACCGGACACCACCGGACUCCCGUUUCCCGGGAUCAGGUCGGAGGAUGAGGCGUACGACGAGGACGGAAACCAGCUGCAAAACUUCUACGACUUGGAGCCGCCCCGCCUAGAGAGACCCGCCUCUGUGCACCGCGAAGCCCACGCGCUCAGCCACCCGGGGGAGAUAAGAGACGUCGCCCACGCGAUCCUUCACAAGGCCUACCGCAAAGUGCUGGACCAGCUGUCCCGCAAGAAAUUGCUGCAGAAGCUCGUGGCCAAGGGCGUGGGGACAAUUCAGCGCAACCGCACGGACGGGAUGGUCGUAUCGCAUGGACAGAGUGGCAUUCGGAGCGGCAGCGCCAAAGAUGACUCGGAUCCGCUCUCCAAGCGCCACUCAGACGGAAUCUUCACGGACAGCUACAGCCGCUACAGGAAACAAAUGGCUGUCAAGAAAUACUUGGCUGCCGUCCUAGGGAAAAGGUAUAAACAAAGAGUUAAAAACAAAGGACGCCGAAUAGCGUAUUUGUAGCGAUGAGUUACCAGCUACCUUGUGUAUACAACCCUGACACAAUGAAAAGUCAUUUUCCUUACAAACUGGAACAGUCAUCGCUCAUGUGUUCUAUCCAAACAUGUAUUUAUGUAUGAAGUAAAGCCAUUAAAUGAAUAUUUUGAUAAUAAUAUUGUUUUUCUUUUUACAAAGCACUAGAGAAUGCACAGAUAUACUUU